GGCCCAGGAUCAUUGUUGGAGGCAUAAAUGUUGCUAUGACUACUGAAACCUUGGUGACUGAACUAAACAGAAAGGAGAGCCUGCCCAGUCUCCUAAGACCAUAUCAAGCAAGUCUGUAGACAUGUCUAUGGAAAAGAUGACAAAAGUAGAAGAGAAUUUUCAAAGGGCCAUGAAUCUUAAGAGGAUGGUCGACAGGUGGCAAAAUUCACAUACUAACUGUCUGUGGCAAAUGACAUUGAGCCAGAGAAGAAAUCCAUAUGCCACCCUAAGGAUGCAGGAGACCAUGGUACAGGAAUUGGCACUGGCCAACAAGCAACUACUGAUGGUCCGUCAAGCUGCCCUGCACCAGCUGUUUGAAAAGGAGCAUCAGCAGUACCAGCGGGAACUAAAUCAGAUGGGCAAAGCUUUUUAUGUGGAGAGACUCUGAUGGCAUCAAAAACACCGUUCUUCCACUCUCAUCAUGCCUGCUAACCUAGCCUUCUUGAGCCUCUACCGCCUUGAACUCCCUUCCCAAAACAUUCCUGGAUCUAGUGAUCUGUCUAGGACUUAAGACAAUGCUCCCACUCUUGACCUCUUCACUCUCAUGUCGACCCCCUGCUGCUAUUUGGGAAACAAUCUGUGAAACAAUGGUUAAAAGCAAGAGUGACGCCUUGUGGUCAGAGUGGGAUAUACAGUGUUGAUGUAACGGGGCCGGGAAUGCAGUAGGUGGACAAUGUGAUUUGAGAAUUGAGAAUCCCAACUUGGUUUAACAAAUAAAGUUAGCUCUUAAAGGUUCAAA